CUGCUGAUUAUUACGUAAGAACUUUACCAGGACUACCAGAUGGGAUAUACUUGAAGCAACAUGCUGGACACAUUUUAAUAAACGAGUCGUCAAAUGCCAAUAUGUUUUUUUGGUUAAUACAUAAUCGACAUAUAGCUGAUAGAUCAAAGUUGAUAAUAUGGCUUAAUGGCGGACCUGGAUGCUCCAGCAUGGACGGAUUAUUUCUAGAAAUUGGACCAUGGCGAAUGAAUAAAAAUCAAACGUUACGAAUGAUAGAUGGCUCGUGGGAUGAAUAUGCUAAUUUGCUUUUCGUGGAUCAGCCUAUUGGUACUGGAUUCAGCUUUGGCGAAUCUAAUUCGUAUCCGACAACGAUAGUACAGUCAACCGAUCAAUUUAUGACAUUUUUGGAUAAAUUUUUCGAGAUAUUUCCAGAAUACGCAAGAGAUGAAAUUUACAUAGCUGGUGAAAGUUUCGCUGGCACCUAUAUACCUUACAUUGCUUCGGCUAUUCUAAAACGAAAUAGCGAGCGCAAGACCGUGGAAUAUCAAAAAUAUAAUUUAAAAGGUAUUGCUAUUGGCAAUGGAUGGAUCGAUCCCAUAAUUCAAUAUAAUGCAUAUUACACGUUUUCCGUGGAAAAGGGACUUUUGACUGGUGAACCCAUGACACGUGCAAAUAAUUUACUAGAAACAUGCAUGAGUAAUCUUAAACAAAAGUUACAAAUUCACGAGGAUACAUGUGAAUCGAUUCUCACGGUGACACUCGACGCGUCUGCAAAAUUGGAUGAAAAUGGAACUAAAACUUGUAUAAAUCAAUAUGAUAUCCGACUUACUGACAGCUAUCCAGAUUGCGGGAUGAAGUGGCCGUAUGACUUGGCGACCAUUACUGAAUACUUGAGGAGACCAGAUGUGAUUGGUGCUAUUCAUGCUGAUGCACAAAAAAUUGGCUGGAGGGAGUGUAGUGGACAGGUCGGUACUGGUUUUGACAACGAUGAUACUCCUCCUUCCAUCAAGUUGUUCCCCGAAAUAUUAAGUAAAAUUCCAAUUUUACUAUUCAGUGGAGAUCAAGAUUUAAUUUGUAAUACAAAAGGCACGCAAGAAUUAAUCGCCAAUCUUGAGUGGAAUAAUGGUAAAGGAUUUCAGAAUUCAAAACCUGAAGAAUGGUAUGUUAAUGGAAGUUUAAGUGGGACGUGGCAAACAGAGCGGAAUCUCAGUUUUGUCAUUAUUCAUAACGCGAGUCACAUGGUUCCGUAUGAUACGCCGCUAGCGACUAUGGAUAUGAUAGAUCGGUUUAUGGGAUUGAAAGUUAAAUUUGAUAAUUCGAUUCCUUCCAGAGUAGGAAAUGAGACAUUGGAAGAUGAAAAAGCGUCAACUAAUUCAACUGAAGGGUCAUUAAAUGACGAACUAUCCAGUAAAAAUAAUACCAUUAAUGAUGAAAGUGACGAUGAGAAUGAUGAGAUGUGGGAUCGUUAUUAUAACGCAGGUACCGCGUCUUUAGUAAUUGUGAUAUUGGCGGUUAUUGGUCUCUUGGUAUUUUUACUUCGAGGAAAGAUAUUUAGACGAAUACAAACCGUAAAUCAAGCUAUGAAAGCGGCUGUCGAUAGCAACGAAAACACCGAGAUGCAAGAGCUAGUGAUUGAAACACCAAGGUUCGGAGUAGACGACGUGGAUCAUUUCGGCGAUAGUGAUCCUGAUGAUGAUGACAAUCAUCUUAUGAAUGAAAAUCAUCGAGACAUUGGAAAAUACAAGGAUGAAGUGUCUACUACUUCAUUUACACCUUACAACGACGAACAAAAUAAUCAUGAAAUUGAUACGAAUACUCCAUAUAAAGAUGAGAGUGACAACGAACAUGAUAAUCAUGAAAUUGCUGCUAAUACUCCCCGUCAACCUUAUUUUUAUCUAAGAGCAUCGGAAAAAAAAGAUAUGGCAAAUAUUCCACACGGUGGUGAACUCAAAGACCUUCACGCACGGGACGCUUAUAAACGCGAUAACCUGCUUAGGGAAUCACAAUUUAUACCGUCUAUCGUAUUAACUGAUCGACAAUUAUGUGACUUGGAAUUGUUGAUGAAUGGCGGGUUUUCCCCGCUCGAGGGCUUUAUGAAUCGUAAAGACUACGAAAGUGUCGUUCAUAACCUACGGUUGGCAAACGGCAUUCUAUUCUCAAUGCCAGUAACUCUUGACGUCUCACAGAAGGAUAUUGAAACGUUGUGUAUUGAGGUUGGCCGACGAAUCGUUCUACGCGAUUUACGUGACGAUGCUCCUCUGGCUAUUCUAACAAUUGAAGAUAUAUAUAAACCGGAUAAGGAAGUCGAAGCAAUCAAUGUAUUUGGUGAUAAUGAUAUGGCACAUCCUAGUGUCGAUUAUCUACAUAAUCGUGUUAAGGAAUACUAUGUUGGUGGUGAAAUCGAAGCAAUUAAUCCACCCACUCAUUAUGACUAUGUUGCUCACAGAUACACCCCAGCAGAACUCCGAGCUCACUUCAAAAAACUUAACUGGACACGUGUCGUCGCGUUUCAAACACGAAAUCCGAUGCACAGAGCACAUCGUGAAUUAACGGUCCGAGCGGCACGUCAACGUCAAGCAAAUAUUCUCAUCCAUCCGGUUGUUGGUCUCACAAAACCCGGUGACAUUGAUCAUUACACCAGAGUUCGUGUCUAUCAAGCGAUAAUGCCCAAAUACCCUAAUGGUAUGGCUACUCUGAGUCUAUUACCAUUGGCUAUGCGAAUGGGUGGACCUCGUGAAGCUGUUUGGCAUGCGAUCAUAAGAAAGAAUUUUGGUGCUACGCAUUUCAUUAUUGGACGAGAUCAUGCAGGUCCCGGCAAAAAUUCUAAAGGUGAAGAUUUCUAUGGUCCAUAUGAUGCUCAACAUUUUGUCGAGAAAUAUCGAAACGAACUUCAUAUAGAGGUAGUUCCCUUCCAAAUGGUCACUUAUAUUCCUGAUUCAGAUGAAUACUUACCAAUCGAUGAAGUUCCUCCCGGUACAAAUCAACUAAACAUUUCUGGUACAGAGUUGCGACGUCGUUUACGAACGGGUGGUCAUAUACCAGAAUGGUUUUCAUAUCCAGAGGUUGUAAAAGUACUGCGCGAUACACAUCCACCAAGGUCACGACAAGGUUUUACGUUGUUCCUUACGGGAUUUUAUAAUUCUGGUAAAAAUAGAAUUGCCAAAGCUUUACAAGUAAAACUCAAUGAACAAGGUGGAAGAUCUGUAAGUCUGCUGUUAGGUGAAACUGUAAGAGCUGAAAUAUCUAAUGAAUUGGGUUUCACACGCAAAGAUCGUGAUCAAAAUAUUGCACGCAUAGCUUUCAUAUCAGCGGAGCUUACAAAGGCAGGUGCUGCAGUUAUAGCCGCACCAAUCGCGCCAUUUGCACAAGCACGUUCACACGCAAGAUCUCAUGUAGCAACAUAUGGUGGAUUUUAUUUAGUUCACGUGAACACCCCCUUGGAGUAUUGUAUAAAGACGGAUCGAAAAGGAAUUUACAAGAGAGCACAAUCUGGAGAGAUAAAGGGAUUCACGGGUGUUGACGACCCAUACGAAAUACCCACCGACGCUGACAUCGUUGUGGAUGUGAGCAAGCAAAGUAUUAGCGAAAUUUGCCAUCAGAUAUUGCUGUUAGUCGAAAAGGACGGUUAUAUUGGCGAAAGAUAA